GUACAUGACUAUUAUAUGCGACUCUUUUGUUUCGAUAACUUCAUCUAUUGGCAUUUUCUUCCCUUACAAUCAUGGAGCUUCACAGCAGUUUUUCUAACUUUACCUUAACGGCAUCCUUUCUCUUCCUCUUUGUACUAUUCAAAGUAGUUAACAAGUGGACUACUUCUAAAAAUUCUAACGCCAAUUUACCACCAGGACCAUGGACACUGCCCUUCAUAGGGAACAUACAUCAAAUUAUUAGCAGCCCAUUGCCUCAUCAUUCCUUCAAAAUUUUGGCACAAAAGUAUGGACCUUUGAUGUACCUAAGACUUGGUAAGGUACCAUACAUAAUAGCUAGUUCAUCAGAAAUGGCCAAGGAGAUUCUGAAAACACAUGACCUCAGUUUUUGUGAUAGGCCAAACCUUAUGUUGUCCACAAUAUUUAGUUACAAUAAUACUGAUAUUAUAUUUUCUGUAUAUGGAGAACACUGGAGGCAACUACGAAAGAUAUGCGUUAUAGAGCUAUUGAGUGUAAAGCGUGUCCAGUCAUUUAGGUCCAUAAGAGAAGAAGAGGUGGAUGAUCUUGUUAAAUCAAUAGCUGCUAGUGAAGGAUCAAUUGUUAAUCUUUCUCGUAAGAUUUCUGAUAUGGCAUACGGGAUAGUGGCAAGGGCAGCUUUUGGGAAGAGGAGUAAAAACGAACAGGCAUUCAAAUCAGCAAUUGUUGAAAUAGCAAGUUUGUUGGGGGGAUUUUGUAUUGCUGAUUUAUAUCCAUCUAUUAAAAUGCUUCAAAGGAUGAGCAUGGCGAAGAAAAAAAUUGAAAAACUUCACAUAGAGAUUGAUAAGGUAAUGCAAGAUAUCAUCGACGAUCACAGAAGGACUCAGAGGGGAGUAAGCAAGGAUGAAGAUAUAGUUGAUACUCUUCUCAAGAUUCAACAGGAAAAUGAUCAACCACAACAUCUAUUGACUGACGACAAUAUGAAAUCAAUCAUCCAGGACAUGUUUGGUGCUGGUACUGAAACACCAUCAAGUGUUGUGGUAUGGUGUAUGUCUGAGAUAAUAAAGAAUCCAAAGGUAAUGGAAGAAGCACAAGCUGAGGUAAGAGGAGUGUUUGACAAGAAAGGGGUUGUCGAUGAAACAGAAUUGCACCAGUUGAUAUACUUAAAGUCUGUCAUCAAAGAAACACUGAGGUUGCAUCCUAUUGUACCAUUGUUAGUUCCAAGAGAAAAUAGGGAGAAAUGCCAAAUAAAUGGCUAUGAUAUCCCAGCUAAGACAAGGGUGAUGGUCAAUGCUUGGGCUAUUGGAAGAGAUCCAAAGUAUUGGGCUGAAGCUGAGAGUUUUAAACCUGAGAGAUUUCUUAAUAGCACAAUUGAUUUAAAAGGCACAGACUUUGAAUUUAUACCAUUUGGUGCUGGAAGGAGGAUGUGUCCAGGAAUUGCAUUUGGCUUACCUAUUGUUGAGUUACCUCUUGCUCAUUUGCUUUACCACUUUGAUUGGAAGCUUCCCUAUGAAAUGAAAAAUCAAGAACUUGAUAUGACUGAGUCAGUUGGAAUAACUCUCAGAAGAAAACAUGAUUUGUGCCUAAUUCCUACUACUCGUCGUCCUUGAUUUUAUUCUGUAUUACUUUUGACAAAAUCAUUUGGAAAACGAUUGUAAUAAAGAUAGAAAAUAACAUUUAUCUCUCCCUUUGUUAAUGUUCAAUGGUAGACAUAAAUUGUUGAUUCAUUCUUAUUGAUUUUGAUUUUAGGCUCAAAAGCUUUACAAGCGGAAGAGGAGCGAUAUAUAGGAUUUGUUAGAAGUUGAUAGAUUCAAACAAAUUCUAACAACCAUGACCACUUCUAAGUUCUAACUAACCUCUAACUAAUAACUUUCUAAUUAUAGGAACUACUUUAAGUAUCCUAUUAAAAUUAUACUUGUAAUACUACUCCUCAAGCUUAGGGUGGUGAAGAACCUACUUUAAGUUUGACGCGCAGAUCAUUAAAUAUUUUAGAACCAAGUGGUUUUGUAAGAGCAUCUGCAAUUUGAAAAGAAAUCAGAACAUGUUGGAACAUAAGUUUCUUGGAAUAUCGACUUCUCAUACUUCUCAUACAAAGGGAAUAUCGAACUCUAUAUAAAACAAAACUAGCAGCAUUCAUUCUACCUUGUAAGGAAAUAGUCCUUAAGAUAAUUGGCCCUUAGAGCAUCUUUCUUUCCACGGCCAGCUCCUCUUCCACUGCUUCAGUAAUGCUAUUAAAGUUUGAGGAUCUG